AUGUCCGGGAGCAAGGCAAGGCCCGGGACGGAAAAUUUUGGUAGUGGCCACCAGGAGGAGCUGGGCUUCUCGGUGGGCUUCUGCUCGGUCAACGCCGUUCCCCAUCUCUUCGUCUCCGAACCCGUCGAUGCGAGGGCGGCGCUCAGAGCCAGCGAGGCCCCGGCUGGCCCCCUCACCCACAAGAUCAGCAGCAGCAUCACGUACCACUACCACCCGGACCCCCACACGCCCCCUCCCCCGGGCCCCUCCCGAGCGGCGCCCGGCUCUUCCUGUGGCCGUGGGGCUGGCUGUACGGCCGGGACUGCUCCGCCUCCUGGAGCAGCCCUGGCUGCAGCGACGCCCCUGCUGGUGCAUGCCGUCUCCAUCGGCGGCUACACCUUCUCCACGAUGCUGAGCCACCUGGCCCAGGGUCCCGAGAGGUACGCCCGCAUCACGGAGCGGGUCCGAGGGCACGUCUACGACAGCAUGGUGGCCGGGAGCCUGGAGCACAUGGCCGCAGGCCUGGGUAAGACUCUGUUUCCCCGUCUGGAGUUCCUGGUGAGGAACGCCGCCCUGUUCUUCUUCUGGCUCUUCCGUCGCCACACGGCCGACUUCUACGACAGCGGCGUGCACGUGUUCCGCAACAACCCCGUGCGCGCGCCGGCGCUCUUCUUCUUCUGCGACAACGACGUCAUGUGCGACCCGGUCGCCAUGGAGACGGUGAUGGAGCUGUGGCGGGGGCGGGGCGUGGCGGUGGACCGCCGCCGCUGGCCCGUGUCCGUGCACGCCGCCCACCUGCGGUGCCACCGCGACGAGUACCUCGCCGCGCUCGAGGCCUUCCUGAGCUCGCUGCCGACGACGCCGCUGGCGGCGGCGGCGUCGGCAGCGAGCUCAGGAAGGCCUCGAGCGCUCACGGACGUUGUUUAGACACGAUCGACGCGCAAACACGGGGGAACGCCGGGAGUCAGAAGCUGUGAGGUCAGUCGAACGGGGGUCGGUUUAGCUCUGGAAGCAGGGGCGGGUUAACCGGAAGGUUGCUAGUUCGAUCCCCCCCCACGUACAUGUGUCGAGGUGUCGCCGAGCAAGUUCCCGAACCCGACUGUCUCCGGAUAGGCCGGCUGUCGCCUUGCACGGUUUGACUCCGCCGUCGGUGUGGGAACGUGUGCACUGAACCUUGUAAGUCGCUUUGGAUAAAAGCGUCUGCUAAAUGCCCUCAAUGAAGAACGGGAAGGUUUGGCACGCCGCCUCAAUCCAAACGGCGUCCGACUGCACUCCCAGCCUCCCAUACCGUCCGUUGUUCCGUGAACAACGGAACAAUGCAAACGACGAAGUCGUGCAAACGCAGACCUUUGGUUGUUAGGUUCUCUGUCCCUUGUUUGAGGCUUUCCAUUUCAUUUUAAGUUUUUAUCUGUUAUGCAAACCGAAACCACUGAAGUUUCAACGUUUUAUGUGUAUUGUAUUUAACAUAGAUAAUGUUAAUUUAAUAUUUAUAUACAAACCCAGGUAGUACAAUUUCCAUCAGUGGCCAGUGUUGCUUUAUGUUAUUUGACUUAUUAUUAAGAGCAUGACAAAGUGUCUUUUGAAUGGAACUUUUAAAUGUAUGUGUUUGCUAACAAUUUACAAUAAGAGUACAUUGAUAAACGUAGUCAGAAAGCUGUUGAGAACUCUCAGAGCAGGUUACCUUGAAUUGGGCAUGUGUCACUGUUUAUUUGUCAUGAUAUAGUUCUCUAUAUGCCUGCUUAGUUUGCACAGAGAAAGAUGCUGAGAAAUGCUGAGAAAUUGCCCACUUGUAUGAAAUUGUUUUAAUUCCUUGACAUAAUUGCACAUCCGCCAAUCAAUAUGUCAAUUCAUGCAAUGAGAGAUCACAAAUAAAAAAAUAUUUCUUGAA